AUGCCUUCAUGGUUCUCUGGAUCCCGCGGCGGUGACAGCCAGGAAGGCACUCUCGACCCCUCCCUCCAAGAGGUUACCACCAAAAACGGCACCCAGCCCACAGGCUACCUCCUCUCUUAUGUCAGCAAUGGUUCAUUCCUCAACGCCGACUCUGUAGUCAUCAGCUUUGACGCCGUUCUCAGCCCUGAGGCUAGCUCCAAUAUGACAGAGGAUGAGAUCAAGCAGCUAUCGAGGACGGCAAUUAAGCUGGAGAACCUAUUGAGCCGCAAGAUUUCAUACCUCGUGAUGACGAGAUAUGCGGACUUGAAAAAUGAUAGUAUCCUUAGAGAAGUGGAAGCCGCGAGCAGGGAGAGGUACGAGUUUGCUGAUGAGCUGCUUAGCAGGAGUGAAUACUCUGGUGGAGCACAUGUCAGUUACAAUAGCAAGAGAGCCAUGAGAAAGGCCGCCAAAACUACGCGUACCCCCUCGACCGUGCAACCGAGUGUAUGCGAAGAGGUGUUUGGUGAGAUAGAUGAAGAAGUGGGAGCCGGCAUUACGCGCGAAGAGAUUGCGAGAGAGAUUGUCAAGAAGGCCGAAGAGGCAAGGAAUCAAAGAUAG